AUGGCCAGUAACUACGGCUUCUACGAAUCUCGUGGCGAAUAUGGUCGAGAUAAUCAUAGCCACAGAUACAGGAACCCUGGAAAUCCACCGGAUGAUCAGGAAAGAAACAGAAACGGAGGGCAUCCAUAUUCCGGGCCACCGCCGGUUAACUCCUCCUCUGACAAUUAUCCUUUUUUCCUAGCAGGUGAUGGAAUUGCCCGUGAAGUAAUACAGACGGAUAUCCCUCGAUACCUUGGGAAUAAUGCAGUAUGCAAGCCAGGAAAUAAACAAGGACAAUCUGGGUUCUGGUAUAAGGGCUAUCGGCCGUUGACUGAUGCUCAAAUCCAGUCUUUAAGGGAAGACUCUUUAAAGUAUACGAAAGAAAAGCAACAGCAUUCUAUUCAAUAUGGACGUGACGGUCCCGAUUACCUAGAUUCGUUUACGUUUGACCAUAGCCAUCGAAACAACCCAGAUGGCUAUAAUCCACUUGCAUCUUUACAAGCGCUAGAGCCACAAAGAGAUCCACGCUAUCGCUAUGUGGCUGAUGGAAGACCAUGGUACGACAAUUUGGAAAGAAAAUAUGUUAAACCUUUCCGGGAUCCUGGUACCAUCUCUCCGGAACCUAUCCCUCCAGUGCACAUUCCACCAAUGGCCCCUCCACCAACGGCCCAAAGCAAUUAUGGAAAUCCAAACCAUGCAGAAGCUGGCAAUGUUCUGCCAUCAGAGAAUUCGAAUCGCCCUCCCACCCCGCGUGAUAGUUCUGGCGCACCUCUACCUGGUCGUUUCGUACGACAAAACGAUGGCAGAUGGUAUUACGAAUUCCACCAGGACAUACCAAGGACACCACACCGAUAA